AUGGACAUUCCAAAUCAGAGUAUUAAAAAAAGAUAUACUCAGCAAAAUAACAACAAUAGUGAUAGUGAUAUUAUAGAGGAGGACACACUUAACAUUAUUCAAUUAAAUAAGCAAAGGGGUAAAGCUCCAAGUUCUCUUCUGGUCCACAAGGCUAAUGAGCUUAAGACAGAUUUGGUUUUGAUUCAGGAACCAUAUAAUAUAAAUAAGGAAAUAAUUGGACCGGGAAGUUGGCUACUAUUGUACAAGCCUACGGACAAAACCCCCAAAACCUGUAUUGGGGUCAGGAACAAAAAUAUAGAUAUAGCGCUGAUUCCUGAAUUAUCUACAAAUAUUAUUACCACGGCUAUUAUACAGACUAAUAUCAAAGUUUUCCUACUCAAUGUAUAUAUUUCGCCGUACAUGGAUGAUGAGAAGGGAGUGGAGGAAAUUGCAAAGGUACUAAAGAGGAUUAAAUCGAGCAAUAUAAUAGUGGCAGGAGACAUAAACGCGAAAUCGCCUGUGUGGUACAAUGACCAGGAAGACCAGAGGGGAAGAAUGAUUGUGGACCUUAUGGAAGAAUACGAUCUUAUCUCAGUUAAUAUGUCUGACCAUCCGACUUUCUUCACAGCACAGGCGAGGGGAUGGACGGAUGUCUGUCUUAUGACAAGUGAAUUGGCUCAGAACAUUAAGAACUGUGAGACGCUACUGACAAUAACAGCAAGUGACCAUAGAAUUAUAAGUACCCAAAUUGGUAAUAUGGAAAAUGGUAGCCUAAAGCAGAAUAUAUAUAAUAAACAUAUAAACUGGGAAUUAUUCAAACGGCUAUUCAAUGAUUACUGGAUACAACAUGAUUACCCGUACAUCAACAAUAGACAGGAUAUUGAUCGAUACGUGGAAUAUUUAACAAAAGAUAUACAGAUGGCUAGUAGGAAGGCGGGUAAAAUGGCUUGGCGUGAAUUUUGCACCGAAUGCAAUGCCAAAGGGCCAUGGGAGCUCCCGUAUAAUAUUGCAUUCAAAAAAAGGAAAAGACUUAAAUUACCUGAGAUUCUUAAUUGGGACGAGGAGCCGACAAAUGAUAAGGAAAUAGACAUUGAGGAUAAUUUAAGAAAACUGAUUGAUUAUCAUUUCCCCCUAGAGCAUUCAACAGUGGAGACAGAAAUAACUAACCAUCAAACGAAUAGUGGGAAUAAGGAAAACAGGGAGAAAAACAUCACUCUCUUCACCUAUAAAGAAGUAAAACAGGCAAUAUACACUAUGGGAAACAAAAAGGCUCCAGGCCUGGAUAACAUUACAGCGGAGAUGGUUAAAAAUGCAUUCGAUGAGAUACCCACAGUCUUUGUUAUUUUAUUUAAUGAGUGCCUAAGGAAGGAAUACUUUCCUUCAGCCUGGAAAACAGCUGACAUAAAGCUAAUUCCCAAAAAAGAUAAACCAUUGUCUGCAUCGGAUUAUAGGCCAAUUAGCCUUUUACCUACAAUGGGGAAAGCUCUAGACUAUCUGCUGAUUAAAAGAAUAAACUGGGAGCUCCACAGCUAUGGCAAAAUGAACAGGAACCAAUUUGGUUUCCGCAUAAACAAAUCAACUAUUGACGCCAUCUUAAGUGUAAAGGAGUUUGUUUACAAGGCCUGGGAUAUGAAAAGUCACGCGCUGUUAAUAGCAAUUGAUUUUGGCAAAGCUUUUGACAACUUGAGAUGGAGUGAUAUAAAAAGCACAUUAAAAGAACUACAACAUACCACUUGUGAGAUUGAAUUGCUCAAAAGCUAUUUAACUGAUAGGUACAUUGUCUACAGCUCUAAUAAUAUAACCAUCAGAAAGGAGGUCAAUAAAGGCUGUCCACAGGGUUCGCGUAGCGGACCCAGUCUGUGGAACCUGGUUUUUGACAAGUUACUAGAUAAACUCGACGGAAGAGACAACAUUACAGUGCAGGCAUUUGCGGAUGACCUGAUGGUCAUGGUGUCAAACAAAAAUUGUGACCGGUUAACGGAUAUGGCAAACAAUUUACUGGAAGAAAUCUUCCAGUGGAGCAAGGAUCAUGGAUUGCCUAUUAACUAUAACAAGUGUCAGGCACUUGUCUGCACACGAAAAAACAAAAGAGGUCAAUUGCAAAAAACACUUAAGUUAAGAAUUAACAAUAAUAGAGUUAAACAGGUUAAAACUCUUAAAUACUUAGGUGUGCACCUUGACCCAAACAUCAGCUGGCAUCACCACGUAAACGAAGUGACUGCAAAAACCAAACAGCGUAUCAACCAAAUAAACUGGAUAAUGGGCAAGUACUGGGGUAUAAAUCCUAGAAACUGUAAGCUAAUAUAUAAAACAGCAGUUGAGCCUGCAGUUUUGUAUGCUGUCCCAGUCUGGCAGGAGGCUUUAGGAAAUGUUCAUAUACGAAGGAAACUACUAUCAGUGCAGAGGCAAGCUGCAAUUAAGAUCACAAUGGCUUACAGGACGGCGCCAACAGAUGCUCUGUUGGUGUUGGCAGGCAUGACACCGAUUUAUACAACGGCAAGAUCUAAAGCAUGGCAGUGGUUGAUUUUCAACUUAAACCUAUGGGAAAAAACACCUGAGCAAAUUAAAAAAGGCAUUACUAACAAAAUUAUUCCUGUAAAUAUUGAUGAGAUUCCAAAAAGCAUAAUAGAGACUGAAAUAGACAAGAAUGAUAAUUGCUUCAGCCUGGGGAUCCAUCCAGCAGACUAUAAUAAAUACGAAGUAAGUUUUGACUAUGAAAAGGAGAACAAAAAGGGAAUCCAUUGGAUCAUUUACACGGAUGGAUCUAGAACAAAUGAUGGUGUUGGAGCGGGGAUAUACAUUGAAAAUGUUAAAACAGGAAAAACAGAUUAUCAAGCUUGCCUCAAAAUGGCGAAUUUCUGUUCCAAUACCCAGGCUGAAUACUGGGCUAUAUUUAAGGCACUACAUCACAUCAACAAUAACUUGGAUAAAUAUAAAGGAGGAAUUAAACUUUAUAUCGAUAGCAGAGCAGCCUUACAUACAUUGAAGAAAGAGAAGAAUAUAUCUUUGUUGGCUACAGAAAUGAUUAGAGAAGCACACAAAAUUACGAAAACUAACAGCUUGUAUUUUAUUUGGAUACCAGCGCAUAAGGGUGAAAGAGGAAAUGAAAUGGCUGACCUAUUGGCCAAGAGGGCAGGUUCAGCCAAUAGCAAAAUAACAUACAAGAGGAUGCCAAGGGCAGAGGUAAAGAAAUUAAUGAGAGGAUGGGAAAUCAAUAGUUGGCAAAGAGAUUGGGAAUCUUCUGACACAGGUCGACAUUGCUAUAAAUUCAUUCCCUCCAUAAAUGAAAGGAUUAAAAAUAAACAUUACAAGAUAUGUCAUGAGACUACGCAGAUUCUUACGAAUCAUGGCAAUUUUCAGGCAUACUUAUACAGGUUUAAAAAGACUAAUAAAAAGUUCUGUGACUGCGACGUUAACAGUGAAGGUAAUGCGGACCAUCUCCUUUUUGACUGUUGCAUCUUUGACCAGCAUAGACAUCAAUUCUAUAGGGAGUGCUACCAGCAGGGCUUAGGUUGGAAACCGGAUCAUAGAAGUAUUUUUAACAAUAAAGAUGUUUGGGAAAGUAUGGAACGAUUUAUUCACAAGACUGGAGCACUGUUGCCGGACUACCACAGAAUCCAAAUAAACAAUGAUCAAGAACUAAUAAACAGUGAUAUAGAGGAAGAAGAUGAAAAUAGUGAUAAGAAUAACAGUGGAAGUGAUAUCAGCAGUGGAAGUGAAGAUAGUAAUGAUUAUCCAUAG